UCUUUUUUCUCAAUCAAUUAAAUUAAUUUUUUGGUUUCACAAAACAAAGAAAUUGGUGUUCUUCCUUUUUUUAGCUACCCUCUGUUUCUCCAUCUUUCUCUCUAAUCCCAAACACAACAACUUUUGUUUCACUCUCCAAUGCAUUAUAUCUAACUCACCCUUUCACUAAAUAGAAACCCGUGUAACAACUCUUCAUUUUUCAAUUCAUUCAUUCAUCAACAACACUAACCAAUUUUCACCCUAAAUCUCAAUUUCUUCAACGCCGAUAUCCUUUUGCAUUCUUGUUGGCGAUUUACAUUUCGCCAACCAAAAAUUCAGAAAUGGUGUUAUCAGCUUCGUCAUGUUCUCUAACGAGAAGCUCGUUGGAAGAGAUGUUAGAAUCGCUUCGUCGGAUGGAUGAGGAACAAGAGAAGAAGAAGGACUUACCUCCUGCUUUGCCAUCUCGUCCGGCUUCUAAGGCCAGGCUUCCUCCUGCGAGGCGAUCGUUGCCGAAUAAUUUUAAGGUUGGUAGAUGUGUUGUGGUCGAGAAUGGAUUUAUUGACAAUGUGGAAAGUAAGAGGAAGGAGACAUCACCAUCACCAUCACCAUCAACAUCAAAAUGUUCUGAAUAUAAGAGAAGUGACAGCAGUUUUGGGAGGAAGAGGGUGAAGAAGGAUGUUGUGGAGUCACCUUAUGUGUCAGCAAUUUCAGAAUUGGAUGGUGACACUAUUUCUUAUUUCAUCAAAAUGAAGCUUCGCGUUUGGUGUAGGCAACCAAGAGGGCAAUGGGAGCUAGGUUCAAUACAAUCAACUUCGGGAGAAGAAGCUUCCAUUUCACUAUCAAAUGGAAAAGUACUGAAAAUGGCUAGAUCAGAACUCGUACCAGCUAAUCCUGAUAUUUUAGAGGGUGCGGAUGACCUUAUCAAAAUCGCUUAUUUGAAUGAGCCAUCUGUUCUUCACAAUCUUAGGUUUAGAUAUUCUCGGGAGAUGAUAUAUAGUAAAGCAGGUCCGGUUUUAAUUGCACUCAAUCCUUUCAAAGAUCUCCAGAUUUAUGGAAAUGAUUAUGUCUCCACUUAUAGGCAGCAAUUUGUUGAUACUCCUCAUGUUUAUGGUAUGGUAGAUGCAGCUUAUAACCAGAUGAUGAGAGAUGAAGUAAAUCAGUCCAUUAUCAUAAGUGGUGAGAGUGGAUCUGGAAAGACAGAGACAGCUAAAAUUGCUAUGCAAUACUUAGCUGCUCUUGGUAGUAGCAGUUGUGGGAGAGCAAAUGAUGUUCUUCAGACAAAUUGCAUACUAGAAGCUUUUGGAAAUGCAAAAACGUCUGUAAAUGACAACUCUAGCAGAUUUGGAAAGUUUAUUCAAAUUCAUUUCAGUGCCAUGGGUAAAAUAUGCGGGGCUAAAAUUCAAACCUAUUUGUUGGAAAAGUCGAGAGUUGUUCAAAUGGCCAAUGGCGAGAGGUUGUAUCACGUAUUUUAUCAACUUUGUGCUGGAUCUUCAUCUAGUCUUAAAGAGAGACUGAAUCUUAGGGCAGCCCGUGAAUAUAAAUAUUUAAAUCAAAGUGACUGCAUGACAGUUGAUGGUAUUGAUGAUGCUAAAAACUUUCAUCAACUGAAGAAAGCAUUUGAUGCUGUUCGAAUUUGUAAAGAGGACCAAGACCUCAUCUUUAAGAUGCUUGCUGCAAUACUAUGGCUGGGAAAUAUAUCAUUCAAAGUUAUUGACAGUGGAAAUCACAUUGAAGUUAUGAGUGAUGAAGCUGUAUCCAGUGCUGCCAUGCUGAUGGGUUGCAGUUCCCAGGAAUUAAUAAUGGCAUUAUCUACCCAUAAAAUCCAACCUGGCGAGGACACUGUUGCCACAAGUUUGACAUUAUUGCAGGCAAUUGAAACAAGAGAUGCAAUUGCCAAAUUUAUUUAUGCAAGCUUGUUUGAAUGGCUUGUACAACAAGUUAACAAGUCACUUGAAGUGGGUGAAAAAUAUACAGAGAAAUUCAUUAGUAUCCUUGAUUUUUAUGGGUUUCAGUCAUUCCAGAAAAACAACUUUGAACAGUUUUGCAUAAAUUAUGCCAAUGAGAGGCUUCAACAACAUUUUAAUCGGCAUCUGUUUAAACUUGAGCAGGAGGACUGUGAAUCGGACGGCAUUGUUUGUACAGAGUUAGAUUUUGAGGACAAUCAAGAGUGCUUGGAUUUAUUUGAGAAGAAACCUCUCAGUCUAUUCUCAUUGUUGGAUGAGGAAUCAAAUCUCACCGAGGCUUCUGAUUUAACAUUUUCUAAUAAACUAAAGAAUCUCCUGGAUGCUAAUCAUUGCUUCAAAGUGGAAAGAGGUGGAGCUUUCAGUGUUCGUCAUUAUGCAGGGGAGGUUUUGUAUGAUACAAAUGGCUUUAUAGAAAAGAACAGAGAUAUGUUGUCUUCUAAUUCCAUUCAACUCAUUUCAUCAUGUAAUUGUGAACUGCUGAAUUUGUUCUCCGAAGUGUUUAACCAAUCUGAGGAGCAUGGAAAUUCCACUUUCCAUUUUGAUGCAUUAUACUCACAGAAGAGAGGUGUCGGAACAAACUUCAAGGAUCAAUUGUUCAAGUUGAUGCAUCAGUUGGAGAGCAGCACUCCUCACUUUAUUCGCUGUAUAAAACCAAAUACUAGGAAGCAUCCUGGAAUUUAUGACAAUGAACUUGUCCUUCAACAGCUCAGAUCUUGUGGAGUUCUAGACGCUGUUAGAAUUUCAAGGGCUGGAUAUCCUACUCGAAUGAACCAUCAAGAGUUUUCCAGACGGUACGAGUUUCUGCUUUUUGGGACUGAUGUACCCCGGGAUCCGUUGAGCACCUCAGUCGCUGUUUUGCAAAAAUUUAAUAUCCCUUCUGAAAUGUACCAAGUUGGCUACACGAAACUGUAUCUCCGAGCAGGGCAGAUCGGUGCCUUGGAGGAUAAGAGAAAACAGUUUUUGCAGGGAACUCUUCGGAUUCAAAAAUGCUUCCGUGGUCAUCAAGCUCGUAGUUAUUUCUGUGAAUUUAAGAAUGGAGCGACAAUAUUACAAUCAUUUAUUCGUGGAGAAACUACAAGAAAGAAACAUGGUCUUUUGACGAAAUCUUCCAUAUCCAUUUAUUCUAAAAAACUUGAGGAGAUUCAUGCAAUCAUAUUACUUCAAUCUGUGAUUCGUGGGUGGCUGGUUCGUAGGGACUCUAGUUGCGACAAUAUAUUGAAGAAAAAUCAUGAUAAUGCAAAACCUAGACCGAAGUCUCAUGUUAAGGAUUUGUCCAAAGAGCUGGUUGAGAACAUGCCUUCAGCUUUAGCAGAACUCCAGAAACGGGUAUACAGCGCUGAAGCAAUUGUCAAGCAAAAGGAAGAGGAAAAUACUGAAUUGAGGGAAAAGUUAAAACAAUCUGAAAGAAAGAGGGUUGAAUAUGAAGCGAAGAUGAAGUCAAUGGAGGAGGCAUGGCAAAAGCAGAUGGCAUCUUUGCAAACGAGUCUUGUUGCUGCUAGAAAGAACCAUGCUUCAGAGAAUGGCACUGUUCAACCUGUAAGACAUGAUCUUGUGUCACCUCGCUACUAUGAUUCUGAACAUGCUACUUCCAUGGAAUCUCGAACAACUGAUGGGAGCACACCUAUGAAGCUUUCUAGUUGUUUUUCGGUCGCUGAUGCAGGGAGGCAGACUAAUGGUGCUUUGACUACAGUGAGCAAUCUGAUGAAGGAAUUUGAGCAGCGAAGACAGACCUUCAAUGAUGAAGUUAAAGCUUUGAAUGAGGUUAAACCAGGGCAGUCUUCCAACACAAAUUCUGCUGAUGAACUUCGGAAACUUAAGCAAAGAUUUGAGGGAUGGAAGAAACAAUACAAGGUUAGAUUACGGGAGACAAAAGCAAGGCUUUCUGAAACCGAAAAAAGUCGAUGGACAUGGUGGGGGAAAUUAAGCUUGAAAGCAUAAUAGCAUGCAGUUUUCAAGCAGUCUCUUCGCUGAAGUCCAUGAAUGUUGAAGACACAGCAAAUAGUGGCAAAAUGAUUGUAGUCGUGAACUCUGUCAUUUUGAAGAGUUUCUUCCUUUAUAUCUCACUAUGUUGCUUGAACACUAGAUAAAAGUGCUAUCAUUGUGAUACUUGGUAUAAGGCAUGAAAUUGUAUAUCUAGCAAUUUUGUUAAUGGUGGAGCCGUGGAAGAAUUAUAGAUUGUGCGUAGUUGUAGAUUUGUAGCAUAGCUGUAUUGAUUGGUAUAGUCUGCUUCAGUAUAUUCUUUCUUCCUUAACAUGGUGGAAAACCAGUGAUGGGUAUGUAUAUUGUCGCUGAACUCAAAGAUUUUAAUAUUCAAGUGUUGGUUUUUUUUUAAA